GGUAUUUUUUUUUACAAAAAAAUAACUCAAAAAUGUUUCAUUGCGCAACUAGCCUGGUACGAGUUCCUGUUCUUUGUUUACUUUUUUGUCCGAGGGAGGAAUGAGUACGAAAACACAGCGGAACCCCGUAGGAACAGGGUAGGAAGAAAAGUGACAUGUCAGCGUGUUUCCAGAAUAAGAAUUGCGGAAAUUUCUUAUCUUAACGACUUAUGAUGCGAUCGUAAUCAAGACAGCAGAGCUGAAUGGCGAUCUUCGAAUGGUCCUCAGUAUCUGUUCUUAUUUUUCUUGGCCUAGCAACAUUGUCGACGGGAGAGCAUGCAUUUAUGCAAGAUAAACUCCGCGCACUGAGACGUUUACCUACCUACAUACAUACAUCAUGUCAUCUCCGUUGUGCAAAGGAUUCAAACAAGGCCAUUUCUGAAAAAGAAUGUAUUCGAAGCUGCCAGGGAAAAUUGACACCAUCAUUAGAACAAGGCAAAAGCCAUGACUUCAGCAAAAGAAUGAUUGAUAGACAUUUCAUCAGACGCCAGCGAAGUGUUGAUAUGAAUGUAUUAAAUGAAUGUCAGUUCUCAAAACAAGUGCUGCUUCAUAAGGCAAAGAUUCUGUUGGUAAAUUUGACAGGAGAAGGAUGGCUUCAUAUUAUAUGGGAUGCCAUAGACUCUUCAGAAACUGAUUUCAAUUGGACAAGCUAUGGAUUAAUCUACCAUGACUACAGCAUUGAAGGACCAAACUGUGUAAAAGUUCCCAAGAACCAAACAGAUUAUUUGCUGAAGCAAGUUGGUGACUGGAAACUCCCAUAUUCCUUCCAUACUGCAGUUGUUGUAAAUCCCUAUCGUAAUGGUGAAAUUGAACUUCAAAGCUUUACUAUUGGAGGUCAUCCCAGAACAUUCCAAAUUCCAACUGUUUCUAGUAAAGACACUGUAACACUCAUAAGUUCGAUAGUGGGAGGGUUGAUAGCGGCAUUGGUGCUGCUGGUGAUUUUGUAUUGUGCAGUUAAAUGGAGAAGGAAAACCCUGAGUCCAGAUCGUCCGCCAAUGCCCCCGCAUCCUACACAUAAGGAAAAUACCAAAGAACGAUACUACAGUUGCUACUACCCAGAGAGUGAAGAAUUUCGAGAGAGGGUAGCCUCGAUUGUGAACUACUUUCGCCAUAACGGUUACAACGUCAUCAUGGACCGAAUGGUGUCCGAAGAAAUUACUUCCCAGGGCCCAGCGCGGUGGGGAGAGAAUCAAAUAAGAAAGGCGAAGAAGGUGUUGAUAUUCUUGUCGCCAGGUUUGGUGAACCUCGCCAUGGAUAGUCAAGACGAUUCGCAAUGCCAGGAUGUUAACCGUGUAUGGAUUGAGCUUGAAGUGCUUCGAGAUAUUUACACUAAAAAUCGCUCGGCCGCCCAGAUGGUGUGCAUAGCUUUGCCCGAUGUACCGGUAACAUUCGAAGUCCUUCCGCUGUGGGCAGAAGUCAGCUACAAAUGGCCUGAUGAUGCUCUGGAAAUCUUGAAGCGUUUAAACGACAGACCAAUGAUAUUGCCUGUGUAGGAGUGAGAUGUGAAUUUCUGAGUCGUACAUCACAGUUAUUAGUUACAUUUUCUCGGCGUUGCAUUACCCCGUGGGGGACUCCCAUACAAAAAGAACGGGGCUGCUCAUCGGAAAUUUUGACAAGAACCCCUAAGAGGUUCCAAGAUC